CCAUGAAUUUUGUCAAUUUAAACAUUCAUCCAUUCUAUUUACUAUUUUAUCCCAUUAAACUCAACACCGGCAAUCGAUCUAUCAAUUCAAUGUCUGAAAAACAAACAAACAAAACAAAAUUUAGUCUUCAGUUAAUUUAGCUGGUGAAUUGAUCAAGAACCCUCCUAUCUUCUCUUCUUGAAUUUCCAUCCUUCAAACAAAAAAACUGUGAAGAAAAUGAAACUGAAAAUAGUCCACCAGAGUCAAGAAAAUCACGCCGCCGAAGAAGAACAAAUCAAGAACGAGACAAUGGAGAUUGAUCAAAUCGAAACCCACAAAAUUAGGGUUUUAGUUGAGGAUGAUGAAAACCCUUCUCCGAUUAACCCACCUCCCAUUUCUGCUUAUGAUCCCAUGCUUGUUUCCGGUAAAAGGAAGAGGAAACCAAAGGAGAUGAUCGACGAAGCUCCCUCGGUUUUUCGAAGGAGGCGAAAGUUUUCUUCUUCUUCUUCUUCUUCCAAGUAUAAAGAUGCGACUCUGGAUAGUGGAGGAACAUCUAUGAGUAUGGGCGGGCCCCAUUCGAAGUCACCUACAAUGAUACGGGCCGAGGAAGUACAAUCGAGUUUGGGCAAUGACCAUCCUAGUUUCUUGAAAUUCUUGGUCCGAUCCCACGUUGGAAGUUGUUUCUGGAUGGGACUUCCAGUACCGUUCUGCAAGCUACAUUUACCAUUCAAGGACACUAUAGUUACACUCGAAAACGAAAAUGGCGAAGAAUUCCCGAUUAAAUAUAUCGCGCACAAGACUGGACUUAGUGCCGGGUGGAGAAAGUUUGUCGGUGGGAACAAAUUGCUUGAAGGAGAUGUUCUUAUUUUCCAUCUAAUCGAGACUUGCAGAUUGAAGGUAUACGUAAUAAGGGCCAACGAUUUGACGGAGGUGGAUGGUGCUCUUAGCCUAUUAAUUUUGGAUUCUCAAACGAAGCAAAGUGAUGCAGAGAUGGCCAUCGACGCUCAAAUCAAGAAGCAAAGGCGUCAAAAGUCUCUCCCUCUAACCAUCGUGCAAAUGAACAACGAAGCCCAACUAGAAACUUCCGGAAAUGAAAGCGAAGAGGUUGCUUCCGAGGUUCUAGAAGGUUCCAAAUCCUCCUCGCGCGCCCCCAACUUCAACGACGUCUCGUGCUUCGAGGAAUUCCACGUCAUCGUCAACGGAAUCUCGAUCGACUCGGAGAUUCCCGAACACAUCCGUCGGAAGUACUAUGACCUUUGUUCCACCAAGAAUGUUUUUCUCCACGAUUGUCUUUUGCCGGGUCUCUACGUGAAAUUGGCCGGGGGUAUAAUAGUCGAAACGGUGAACAUAGCCGAUGCUAUACGAGGGUGUAAGCUCACGACAUCGAAGGAGGAAUUCGAAGUGUGGGAAAAGUCUCUUAGGUCCUUUGAGCUUCUCGGGCUCAAUGUCGGGUUUCUGCGGGUCCAUUUGAGUCGGCUUUUCGAUAUAGCAUUCGACUCGGAAGGUGCUUUGGAAACGCGGAGGUAUUGGGCGGCUCGGAUGGAUCGGAGUCGGGCGGAAGAUGAGAUUGAAAAUCUUGAGGCGAAGAUUUCGGAAUUGAAAGAAUUUUCAGCGAAAUGUGAUCGUGAUAUUGAGAAUUUGAAGACGAGGGCCGAGAGGUACGAGGUGAUGUUUCGAGAAGAGGUUAGUGCUUCUUGGUAAAAAAAAAAUUGUUUUUUUCUUUUUUCUUUUUAAUUGGAUGUAUAAAAAUCAUACUUUGAUUCAAGUGAGGUAUUAUAGGGGGGAGAGGGUAAAAAUGUUUUCUUGUUAUCUUGUGUUUGUAGUUUGUAAUUUGUAAUUUGCAACUAACUUGAAGAGAAUUGAUGUUGUGAUUUAUCUUAGUAGAUCUCUUAUUGAUUUAAU